CUGGUAAUGAUUGAGCACUCUGCACGGGAGGGUUAACGCUUUUUCUGUGUCAUUUGCAGUUAUACACAGAUGCUUUGGUUUUUUAAGGCUUGUGUAAAUCAGAUCAGUGUAAAGAAAAGAGCUGUGCGUGUUGCUGAGGUUGAUGCAGCUUCUUCCUUGCUGCUGUAAACUACGCCCUUAAAACAAACGACAGAUCCGGAAGAAGGAAGUUCUGCACCUGUUGCUGGUGCCUGCUAAUCUACCUUCCGACAUAGUCUGCGACCUGCUAUUAUUAUCAGUGUUUUUGUGAAGCCUCACCAUGGAGGAAGUUAAGGAUGAAGUAGUGUCAGAUGAGGGGCAGCAGGAGCAGAUCAGCUCCACUCCCACAGGACCGGAGGACACUGAGCCUGCUGUCCGCUCAGAGGACACUGAGGACCGGGCAGCAGAGGGCGGAGCGGCCCCCUCCAUCCCCCAGCAGGGUGUCAGCUCUGCGGUGUCACCGGUGGACCAGUUCAGGAUGAAGAAGUUCUUUGUACUGAGGCCUGGCACUCUGAAUCAGGCCAUCAAAGACGUCGAGUCUCUGGUGGAUAAAGAAGUGGAUGGAAGCGUUCAUGGCAUUUGGCUGAUGGCAGAGGUGGACCACUGGAACAACGAAAAGGAGCGUCUCGUCCUGGUCACAGACGGCACCCUCCUCAUCUUCAAGUACGACUUUGUCAUGUUCAAAUGUGAGCAAAUCCAGAAAAUCCCUCUGAACUUCGUGGACCGGAUCUGCCACGGCACCUUCAGCUUCCCCAAACACUCCAUCCUGCAGAGAGAGGGAGAGGGUGUGCGGGUCUUCUGGGACCGGCUGAGAGAGCCCUCCUUCACCUCCAGGUGGAACCCCUUCGCCAUUGACUUCCCCUUCAUCACCUUCACCUACCAUCCUGUGAGGAGCAUGAACGAUACGUUUGCUGCUCUCUGUGAUAUCCAGAGCUUCCGUGAGAAGCUCAAAGAUGCAGCGCAGAAAGUCCACGCCACGAAACCCAUUCCUGGGAAGGCUAACGGCGUCCUGGUGCUGAAUCAGAACAUCCAGAUCGAGGCCUACGUGGGCCUCAUGUCUUUCAUCGGGAACCAGAACAAGCUGGGUUACUGCAUGGCUCGAGGAAACGUCGGCUUCUGACUCCUGUUCUUUUCUAUCAUAGUUUUGUUGUUGUGCAGAUUCUUGAAUUUAUGUUCCUAAGUUUGUUUACAGAGUUCAGUGAAAUUGACCAAAGGUUUUUCCACAUCCAGGUCUGUGUCACAUUGCAGCCUGGAUUCUCAGGAUGUUGUGUGUGAGCUUUAAACAAGCGUGUGAUCUCCCCCGUUGCUUAUUACCAGUGUGUGGUGUCUGAGCACUCAGAAAUAUCCACAUUUCAACACUGCUCUUCACUGGAUGACGGAUCCCCCGCUGCUCUCAAGGAGCUUUGUAUUUGCUCCUCAGUGAUAUGGUAAUUCAACUCUUUCGCAAUGGGACUCCUUUCUUCCUCCCCCGUUCCUCUGUUAAAAGCUCAUUCCCAUGCCGCUCAGCCCCUCAGAGAUUCACUAGAGCGUGGGGGCACAUUUGUCAGUUUAGUUUUAUCACUGCUUGUGUAUUUUUACAGUGCGUACAGUGUUGGAAUUUCCCCUUGAUUUGUGUGUUUACUGCGUGUCACUUUGCCGUGUUUUGGUAUCGUCUGUUUGUCUUGUGAGCCUGUCACAGACGAGGAACUAAACCCUCAAAUAUUUGGAUGUCUUUUCUUUUUGAGCAGCAUGAAAUAUGCAGAGUUUCCAUGCAGAUUCCUAUAAACACUUUUAGUGUAGUGCACUUUAUCAAACCCUGGCAUCAUAAAUAAUAUCAAUAAGACCUGAUAUUUAGUAAAAUUGAAACAAAUUAAAAGUUAUUCCUAAAAGGGAAGCACAAGGUUAAAUAUUUGCAGAUAAGCCCAUAUUUUCAUACUCAUUUUGGCCGAUACAGUCCGAUCCAAGUCCAUCAUUAUCCUGCAGAUGCCUGCUUCUUUACCACACUUAAAGCUAGGGUUGGUAGUCUCAGAAAACCAGCAUGAAUUUGAAUGUAGCUUUUCCUCAUGACUCCGUCUAACCCCUCCCCUCCUCCCUCAAAGCUCCUCCAAAACGACGCCCCCCCGCUCACAUGCACGAGCGCCGCUGAUUCUCAACCAUAUGAUGGUGACUGAUUCAAAACCGGUCGUCACCAAAACAUUCUCAUAGUGAAAGUUAAAAACACAAACAAACAUGGCUGCUGUUAGCACUCACAACUGUCAUGCUAGCAUUAUCCAGUUGUACUGGUGACACGAUAUCAGGAGAAAAGUUAUAACACAUAUAUAAUACUGUAACAGCUCUACUGUUUGUUAACAUGUUCAGUGUAGAUGUUCUUAAUUCCUACAGUGUUGACAGUCAGUGAAGGCAUCAGGAGAGGUGUAGAGUGUGCGAGUGGGAGAGAGGAGAGACAAGAGGAGAAGUUCUUCAUUCAUUCAAACAUUGAUUGUUGUUUUGUUGGUUGGCGUGAUCACGGCCGACAGUGACCGGUUAUUAAAACUCAACGUGUUCACGAAUCGGCUCGUCAUCCCUACAGCGUCCGAACGGACGCUACAAUACAUAUAUAUUUUCUGUAGGACUUACUGAACGUCAUUAAUUAUUCUGCUUGUUGGUGAGAGCUUUUUAGACUCUGAUCCGGACUACAGUCCUGAGCAAAGCACCUCAUCGGGUCAGAGGGGACAGGCCCGAGGACGAGCGAGAGGGGCAGUAAAUAGAGUCAGGGGAAGCAGAGGCAGGAGACGGGGACUCGGAGGAGUGCACGCCGGGGAAAUGUACGCGCAGGAGGAGGGCAGAACGGCUGGACGGGAUUUGAUUGGUUUAAAAUUUGGGGAGCCAAAAAACGGUGAUUGGUUGGUGUUUUCCCAGGUUUACUCCGGCUGUAGAUAGCAGCUUUUUUUCACUCUUUUUUACGAACACAUUAUGUAUUGAUUACCAUCAGGACAUAAAGAUCAUUUUAACCAGUAUGAGAAAAAGUGUAUCUAAAUCUGAUUACCAACCCCAGCUUUAAAGGUGGGUCACCAAGCGCAAAACAUUCACUUGUGUUUUUGUUGAGCUCCCUUAUCUUUGGUUGGUGGCUGCUGUAUUUCUUAGCAUUGUUGAAUGACUGAAGUAGAGGCUGCUGACACGCUUGGGCUGGAGCUGACACUUUUCUAAUGUCACUUUUCACAAAGGAACUCUUGGUGUUGUUCAGGAUGACACUUCAUGAGAUGCUCAGUUAAACUGGUGUUAAGUGAGUGUAGUUUCACUCCUCCUCCCCUCACCUGUGCUUCACAACAACUGCAAAUAGCUGUUUUGCUGCAUGUUGCGGACAAUAGGAGAUCCUUCCAUCCAGCCAACAUGUUGAAGCUCAUUGUUUGUGCACAUCAGCUGUAAUCGAGUGCACAUAAUUAAUGUGUCGCCUUAUUGGCCGUACAUAUUGGCAUACAUUUUCAUAUCUGUCAUACUGGUUAUUAUUAACUUUGUAAUCUUAACAAACAAACACAAUUCAAAAAAAGACUUCAAGUCGUAGGGAAAUCUCAGUCCUGCACAGAAAUAAUAUCUGAAAUAUUUAAAAUGAUAACAGACAGUGAGUUAGAACAUUUGAGUAUGUUGACUGUAUAUUGCCAAAAUAUAACAAAAAUUCUAAAACCAAAACAAGAUUAUAUUUUUUAUGAAAAGUAUCAGAUCACAGCUUCAAAGGGGAAAUUGUAUUUUGGUUUGUUUUGUUAUGUUUUGUUAUUUAAUUUUAGGAGAGCAUGUUAAAGGGAUGCACCGCUGCAGACGGGGUCACAGAAACAUGUACUUAAUGCACUAAAAAAGUCCAACAUACAGUAUGAAACAACAUUGUAGUUUAAGUGUAAGCUAUGUUUUUAGACAUCGUCACAGCUUUACACUGAUGUAAACCAACUAUUUGAUUGGGACUGUCCCUGAGUAUCUCUGCAUGCAGCUUGUAAGAUCAGCUGAUUGGUUGGAGCUUAUUAGAAAUUACUGCAAAUAGAAAUAAAUACAUCAUUAUUGACCGACAUAUAUAGCUGUUACCAGUGAGAUCCAGAUUUUUUCCAGGUUAGUAGAAGAAAACAAACCUUGUAUAUGCCAAAGAAUAAAAAGAUGACAUAUACUGCUUACAAGUUUUUAACUGAGCCCUACUUUAUCUGAUAGUUUGUUGUUUCCCAUGCUGUUCAUGUUGAGACAGAAGCUCUGUUUUAUUUGAAUUUUGUAUGUCAUGCAAAUGAGGCAGUUUGUUCUCUAUUAAAUUUUUCAGAAUUGG